CACUGACUGGCAUUGAUAGGUGGCACUGAUGGGUGACACUGAAAGGCAGCUCAGAUGGGCACUGAUAUGUGGCAUUGAUGUGGCACUGAUGGGCACUAAAAUGUGGCACUGAUGUGUGGCACUGAUGGGCACUGGCAGGUUGCAUGGAUGAGCACUGAAAGCUGGCACUGAUGGACACUGACAGGUGGCGCUGCUGGGGCUACACAGAUCAUCAGGGCACACUGAUCAUCAGUGCUCUGAUGAUCACUGUCAGCGUGACAGCUCGUGGGGAGAGAAUUGCCGAUAACCGACAUUUCCCUGUUUACAUGUGAUCAGCUGUGAUUGG